CAUACAGUGAUCUUUAGCAAUUUGUGUUUAGCCAUCGAGUAAGAUGAAGGUUGUUGUGCUAUUGUGUGCUGUGGCCGUCGCCGGGGCAUUGCCCAUGGCCAAGGAAGAUGGAGCCGCCGAGAGGUUCCUAUCAGCUCUCAAGGAUUGUCUGGAUACAGAUACCUCUUUGUGCCUCAAGGAAAAGGCAAUGAGAUUCACAGACAAACUCGCAGCCUCAUCAAGCCUGGAAGUCCUCGAUGGCGUUAGCUUCAAGAACACUGGUGGAAGCCGCUCCGCUCGCAGCUACGAACCUCUUCCCGAUGACCCCAAGGCCAGGGAACUGAAGGUUGAAGAGAGAAUCAUGGAGAACGUCGUGGACUUCCUCGACAGCCACGUCUUGCAGCUCAGAAUGCCCAAAGCUUUGGAAGAUGACAACACCCUCGAUGAGGAAGGCCGUGGCAAGAAGAAGAAGAAGCUGAAGAAGCUCCUCCCCAUCCUCGCCCUCAUCAAGCUGAAGCUCGCUGCCCUCAUCCCUCUGUUCCUCGGUAUCAUCGCCUUCGCCGUCUUCAAGGCUUACCUCCUCGGUAAAAUCGCUUUCAUCGCCGCUGCCUUCGGAGCCCUCAAGAAACUCCUUGAAUCCAAGAAAAGCAGUGGAUGGUCUGAGCCCGCCCACGAAGAGAACCACGGCUGGGAAAGCAGCGGUGGUUGGGGCAGGUCCCAGGACGCCCAAAGCUUGGCUUACGGCGCCCACGUUAAGCAAGCGUGAGAGUAAAUUAUUAAUUUAUUUAUUUUAGGUAAAGUUAACUUAUUAAACUCGAAUUAAUUCUUCUUCUUUUCCCUUGUAUAUAUUGACCACCGUUCGAUACACAUGCUAAGUUUUUUUUAAUGUAUAUAUCUUUUUUAUUUUAAGUUUCUUAACGACUGAUAUUAUUAGUCUCUUCCCAUAUUGUAUAUAAGUAUUUUUAUUUAUUAUGUUUAAGUAUUGCUUCACUGUCAGUGGAGGUUUAUAGUACAUUUUAUUAUUUUAAGUUUUCAGUUCCAAAGAUAUUUUAUAUAUU